UAUUGGACACGUGGUGUUGUUAAAUUGCUGUUGUUGUUGCUAUUCUUGGUAUUGAUUGAAAUAACUAGAUUCCGUCAUGAAGUAAAACUCUACUUUCAGUUUGUAUUAAAUCCUUAUCGCAUUUUUGCCAGCAUUGCGAAAAUUGUACGCGUGAGUUAUUUUUUUGCUGAAAAAUGUUCUGUCGAUGAUAUCAACCGGUAGUACGCACAGGAUUUAUCGAAAGGAAAUGAAACUUUACGGAAUUGCACAAACCGGUUUUAGUGAAUCAGUAUAAAAGUCAUGAGUUGAUAAAAAAAUUCAUAUUACUGAUAUGAAGAUACUUAAUUUCUAGAGCAAUAUGAUGUUAAUGUUGUGUUGUAAAAAUAUCUUUGGAAUAAUAUGUUUGAAUAUUGCUGUUGUGAACUCCGAAUGGAAAAUAGCAGGCAUCGAUAUACCGCCAGCAGGAGCGGCAGCAUGGGCGAAUGCGUUGUCUGGAACUGACGAUUUUGAUUACCUUUCACAAAUAGCAAAAAUACAAUACGGCUCACCGCUAGAUGUCGCCCUACAAAAUCUCCGCACAGAAGGAAUGAAACUUACACAAGUAGACCUAGUAGAAUUGAUAUCGCCAACAUCAGCAGUGAACGAUAUGAUUACUCAGAAGCAAAAAAUGGUUGAAUACUCUACUGCUCUAAGGAACUUCAAUUGCGUUCACUUCCCUUGCAAAUAUGAUGGAAAUUGUGAGCUUAUACCACUCAUUGAUUUCUCCGACGAAUUAAAAGAAAGCCUGAAGAUACAGACUAUGAACGAAAUCAGCAUCAUUAUGGGACAGGCUGAAUUUUUUAACUUUUAUAAAGAAUUUGGAAGCACUGACCUUGGAACGCCCGAGGGCAUUGAGACCGUUGUACAUGCCUAUUUAUGGGAUACUUCAGACACCAUCAACCCUAUGUUACUUAAUAUGCUGGCUUACACAGUUUCACCAUGGAUCAGCGACGACUGGAUGCCAGAACUUGAAAUUAAUUGGAACACGAAUGCGUGGAAGCUUAUAAAUUUCAUCGAGUUGUUCAUAGCUCAAAAGAUCAUUGCAAUGAGUUUGUCAGAUUUGGCAAGAUAUGAAAGUAUUGAAACGGUUGCAGCGAUGUAUCAACUCGUAGGAAAAGCUAUUCGUUGUUCCUGUGCUCUGGGAUUUGGAGGAACACAUUGUGAAUUUUGUGUACUUACUGAUGCUUCCUUAAUAGCAGAUAAUGAAUUUGAAUAUCAUGGAAUCAAACCGAUUAGUGCUGAAGUUGGUUGAUAAAAUAUGUUAUAGCUGUUGGCCUGUUAUAACUACGUAAAUAAAACUUAUCCCCCCAACAACAGACAUUUUAUAUUCCAAUUUGUGUUGUAAUAUGUUGUAUCAGUUAUUACUACAUAAAUAAACUAUAUCUAAACGUAAUAAAUGCAAUAUUUUAAUUCUUUGUUCAAUAAAAUAACUAACAGUUGGGGUUACGCGAGACCAACUUAUUUCCUCAAUGCUUUUGCGCAAGUGGAUCCGUAUCCGUAUAACGCAAGGAUGCUGUCGCAUUAGC